GUUCCGGCUUUGGAAAAGUUGUUUUCCUCGAACAGACAAGGAAUGUUAAGAUAAGUUUAACUUAGUCACUCAAGUAUAGUACUUAAGUACAAAUUAAAGGUUAAUUUGCUUCUAGGGCCGCCAAAGUAAAUAUGGUGAUGCAUGCCUGGGUUUGUUCCCUGACCAAGCCCCUACCUCAUCACUGGUAUAAAACCAGGCUUCCAGCAGAGAUCAUCUCCUGACACAAGCCUCCUGUUUCUGUCCGUGCAUCCGUCUCACAACUGCUGUCAUGACCUUUGUUGCUCCUCCUGGCUAUCAGCCCGUCUAUGGACCUAGCAUUCCUUACCUGGGGCCCAUUUAUGGAGGCCUGAGGGAGGGGACGUCCAUCUACCUGCAGGGCUCCAUCCCCGAGAACAUAACCAGAUUCUUUAUCAACCUGCUGUGCGGCGAGUCCGAGUCCAGCGAUGUCGCCCUCCACUUCAACCCUCGAUUUGACGGCUGGGACAAAGUGGUCUUCAACACUUGUCAGAAUGGAUCCUGGGAAUCGGAGGAGAAGAUCCGCAGCAUGCCCUUCUGCAAAGGAGAGCCCUUUGAGAUGGUCAUUAUGAGCACGUCACAAGGCUACCAGAUCAAAGUCAAUGGAAACGACUUCCACACCUUUGAACACCGUAUUCCUCUGCAGAGAGUUUGUGCGAUGCAGAUCGCUGGAGAUGUUUCAAUCCAGACCAUCAACGUCAUUGGGGGUGGAAUGGGAGGAGGCAUGGGAGGAGGCAUGGGAGGAGAAUAUCCAGGAGGUGGCAUGGGGGGAGGAUACCCAGGAGGAUACCCGGGAGGAGGCAUGGGAGGAGGCAUGGGAGGAGGCAUGGGAGGAGGAUAUCCUGGAGGCGAAAUGGGGGGUGGCUAUCCAGGAGGCAUGGGAGGUGGAAUGGGGGGAGGAUACCCAGGGUCGAACCUGCCGGGUAUGGGUGGGCAGCCAGUCUACAACCCUCCUGUGCCCUUCGCCAACAUGAUCCCAGGAGGGAUGUUCCCAAAGAAGACCCUCAUCAUCCGAGGCAUGGUGCCCUAUGGUGCAGACAGAAUGUCCAUCAACUUUGUGGCUAGCAGAUCGCGGGACAUCGUUUUCCACAUGAACCCCAGAGUGAGGGAAGGGGUUGUGGUGAGGAACAGCAUGAUUGGAGGAACCUGGGGUCAGGAGGACCGAGAGCUCACCAUGAACCCCUUCAUGGAGGGACAGUACUUUGACAUGUCGAUUCGCUGUGGGAACCAGAGGUUUAAGGUGUUUGUGAACGGGCAGCACCUGUUUGACUUCUUCCACCGCUUCCAGUCCUUCAAUGAGAUCGACAAGCUGGAGAUCGAUGGCGACGUGCAGAUCUCGUACAUCCACUUCUGAGAAGCACUGAUGUAUAAAUCCUAUGUUUCAUGCAUGUGUCAGUGUUGUUCAAUAAUCCUGCUGUAUGAACACAAAUCUAAAUAAGACAAAUGGUUACCUCAU